CCAAUGUCAACUGAUAUAAGUAAUUCACCAAAACCAAAAACAUAAUCUAUGUCUUGUUCCAAAUCAGAAAUUGUGUCGAAUUUUACAGAAGUAAUUUAUAGAGGUCCAAAAAGUGAAAUAAUACAAUCAAAAAAUAUUUAAGAUGUAGACCAAAAUGAUAUCUAAUUGAAUAAAACAUAGUCUGGAAACUAUUUAAAUAUAAUAAUAAUAGGCUUAGUUAUUUUAGGUUUAGUUGCUGGUUUGGUGAUAGGAUAUAAAAUAAUUAAAUAAGGAAAUGUUUAAGAUGAGGAAUAAAUGAAUGUGUUUGUUAAUAUAGUCUCGAAAUCAUUGCUAAAUAAUCUUGAAUAACAUAAAUUUCUAAUUAUUGAUGAAUAAUUUAAAUAAUUGAAAAAGUUUUAUGAAAAAUAAUUAACUAAUAUUCUAUGGCAGAAGGUAAAUAUAUAUAUAUAUAAUGUAAAAAAUAGAUUGUGAAUCAUAUUUAAUAAUAACCUAAUGUAAUACUUAGUUAAGAUAAGAAAAAAUGGAUAUUAAAAGAGUGA